AUGGCUAGUGUUUUAAAAUAAACGGGCAUUAUCAUUAAAAAGAAUGCCAUGCUUAACUUAAGAAACUAUGAAUAUCUAAAAGAUAUAAUUCCUCCAGCUAUUUCAGCUGUCUUUAACAUAGUUGCGAAAAGCUAAAGUUCUCUUUCGUUCAUAGCAGCGUUAUACCUUCCUCUGUCUCUUUCAGGAUUUCUGAGAUCAUUUGUUUACAAUUUUAUAAAUGAAAAAUCUGAAAAAUAUAAGGAAACUUAAAAGAUUAUGGGACUUAAAAGCUUAUCAUAUAAUCUAGGUUGGUUCAUAUUUAACUACUCUAAAGCAUUCAUUAUUGGUUUUAUUUACUUGCUACCUUGUUUGAUAGCUUAAGCAUUUAGUUCAAGUAAUUUGAGCUUAGGAGAGAUUGUAUUAGCUUAUCUUCUGUUCAUAUGCGCUGCAUUAAGUUAGUGUUAUAUGUACACUACGUUUUUCUCCCACCCUAAACUCCCUUCAGAUUUGAUCACUUUGGUACAUUUAAUUGCUUCUGCCUUGUAAUAUGUAGCCGCAGUUCAAUCAGUUUAAGAAAAUAAUUCUUUGCUUAGCCUUCUAUGUUUGUUCCCUUAAACAUGUGUAAUAUUUAUUUUCCUUCAAGCAGGUUGGAACUAAUAAGGCUCAGGUGGUGGUUUUAGUUACUCUGAUAUGAACUUUAGCUAUUCUAAUGGCAUAUCCAUGCUUAUACUGGAUACAAUUGUCUACUUCCUCCUUUAUGUAUACUUCGAUAAUGUUAUUAAAAAUGAAUAUGGUACUUAAAAAGAUGCUUUAUUCUUUAUAAAUUGGAUUUGGAAGAAAAAAUCAAAUAAGAAGUCAUUUGGUUCCUCAAAUGAACUUAGAGAGAAUCUAAGUGUAAAUCAAUAAGAAAAUGAUGAAGAAAUUAAUUACUCUACUAACUAAGUUGAUUAUAGCUCUGCCAAAUAUAAAGAAGAAUUUAGAAAUCUUAAUAAUCUUUCAGUGACAAUUAAAGUUAGAGAUUUAGUUAAAACUUUUGGAGAUUUUACUGCAGUUGAUCACUUAUCCUUGACAUUGUACGAAUAGCAAAUUUUUUGUCUCUUAGGACACAACGGAGCUGGUAAAACUACGACUAUAUCUUUACUAACUGGGUUACUAUAAAAAAAUCAAGGAAAAAUCAUUAUGAAUAAUUUAGAUUUUGAUGAGAAUUUAGAUUAAAUUCGUUAAAAUAUUGGAUUAUGCUAGUAGAGAGAUGUCUUAUACGAUAACUUUACUGUAGAAGAACACCUUCAGUUUAUAGGAAGAAUCAAAGGAAGAGAAGGCGAAGAGUUAGAAAAUGAAAUUAAUUAUCUAAUUUAAAAAUGCUAACUUUCAAACGAAGUAGGAAAAACAGCUAAAAUCCUAAGUGGUGGUAAUAAAAGAAAGCUUUCAUUAGCUAUGGCUCUUAUUGGAGGAUCAAAGAUUGUAUUUUUAGAUGAACCCUCUAGUGGCUUAGAUUUCAAUGCAAGAAAAGAAAUCAAAGAAAUUCUUUUGGAGCUAAAAAAAGAAUAAAGAACUAUUAUCCUUACAACUCACCAUUUAGAAGAAGCUGAAGAAUGUGCUGAUCGUAUAGCCAUCAUGGCUAGAGGUUAGCUAUUAACUCUUGGUACAAAUGAAUUUAUUAAAAAGAACUUUGGUGUGGGCUAUCACUUAACAAUAACUAGAAAAUCAGAAAAUAUGAUGAAAAGAAGUAGUAGACAAUCAAUAGAUCAUAAUAGACCUUCUUCAGGCUUUAAUUACAACUAACAACAACCUCAACCCACUAUUUAAGGUGAAUACUAACUAUCUCCUGAGAAAUGUGAAUAGGUUAAAUAAAUUGUUAACCAGAUUAUACCUGAAGCUAAAUACAACCCCCAAAGCUCAUUGGGAACUGUUUAAUUUACUCUUCCAUUUACUUCCAAAUAAAAAUUCCCAAAUCUCUUUUCUACUUUAGAAUAACAACCAGAGCUAAGCUUAGAUCUAGAAAUGAAUACUCUUGAAGAUGCCUUUAUCAAUAUAGGUAUGGAUGAAGAGAAAUACUUAAAUCCAGGAGAAAACUAAGGAUAAGAAAAAUUCACAGACUUUUCAAAUAUUCCUGUUCCUGAGUGUCUUUAAAAGCCUCCAGUUUUUGAUUUUGUCAAUUAAACAUUAGCAUGUUUCUAGAGAAAAAUAUUUAUGACUAUUAGAUCUGUCUCUAUUUUUAUCAGUUUCUUCUUACCUAUGGCUCUCCAAUUAGCUGGUCUUUUUGUAGCUAAAUUUGCUAUCACUGAGAGUGCAAUUGAUAAUAGUGAUGUAGACCCUGAUAAACAAAUAUCACUUGAAUUUUUCUAAGUUAUUAUUUUUGGUAUUUUCGGUAUGCUUGCAUAUGUCUUUGUGACUACAAGUUUCUGUGGUGUACCAGUUAUGGAAAGAGAAUUAAAGUUGAGAUACUCUUUAAAUGUUAUGGGAUGCAGAAGUUUACCUUACUGGUUAGGAACAUUCGCCUUUGAUUUUAUUUUCAUUUCGAUAAAUCUAUACAUCUUCUUUAUCUUCUGCUAUAUAGUUUAAUUCAAUGCAAUCACAAAUUACUUUGGCAGCUUCUUCGGAAUUACAUAAUUAUUUAUGUUUUCUAUUAUUUGCUAAUCAUAUUUCCUUUCGUUUUUAUUCAAAAAAGCUCAAACUGCCUAUAAAUUAGUCUUCUUUGUAAAUUAUCUCUUUUUCUACACAGUUCCAGCUAUAAUUGCAUCUUAGAGUACAACACUUUAGGGUUAUAUGGUUUUGAUAUCACCUUAUCUCUGCUAUAGUAUGGGUACUUAAGUUAUAGCUGCUAAUACUCAACCUUACCCUGAUAUGUAUCUUUCAAAUAACUAUCCAACAUGGUAAAAUAAGGUCUAUUAAUACAUCUUGAUACUUUUUGCACAGGGAAUUGUGUAUGGAUUACUUGCUUUGAGGAUAGAGAAAAAAUUAGAGAAAUUCCCUAAAGAACCUGAAGUGGAUUACUCUUAAUUCUAAAAUUAGAGCGUACCUUAAGAAGUAGCAGCUGAAGAUUAAAGAGUAUCUAACAUUAAUUGUUAAGAUAAAAUAAAGGUAUCGAAGCUUUAUAAAACUUAUAAAAUAAAUAAAAAAACUCCUCCCUUCACAGCAAUUAAGAAUAACUCUUUUGGAGUUUAGAACGGAGAAAUUUUGGGUUUGUUAGGACCUAACGGUGCUGGUAAAUCUACAACAUUUAACAUCCUAACUGCUUUGAUCCCUAAAAGUUAAGGUAGUGUAAAAUUAAAAAAUAUUGAAGUAGAGAGUGGUUUAAUGGAGAUAUACUAAGAUGUAGGUAUUUGUCCUUAAUUUGAUAAUAUUUAUGAAAAUUUAUCAGUUAUUGAACAUCUCCGUUUGUUUGGAAGAAUGAAAGGCUUAAAGGGUUAAGACCUAAAUGACAGUAUUUAAUACUUCUUGAAAGUUAUGCAAUUAGAAGAUUAUGUUCAUAGAAGGGCUGGUAAACUCAGUGGAGGUAAUAAAAGAAAACUAUGUGUAACUAUGGCUCUAAUUGGUGGUCCUGAUAUGUAAUUCUUUGAUGAACCAUCUUCUGGUGUAGAUCCUAUUGCAAGAAGAUUCCUAUGGAAUACACUCAGUUAGAGUUUAAAGCUAAGAAAAGGAGCUAUUGUUCUAACUACUCAUAGUAUGGAUGAAGCAGAGUCCCUUUGCUCUAAAAUCGGUAUCCUUAUUAACGGUAAAUUUAUGUGUUACGGAACACCUCAAUUCUUGAAAGAAAAGUAUGGUGAAGGCUACAAAAUUCACUUUAAAACAGAAAAUAGAGAUGCAGCCAUAAGAGAAAUUUAAGCUACUUUCCAACAAGCUAAAUUCCUAAGUGAUACAACUUAAAAUGACUAAGUUGAUCUUAUCUUGCCAUACCAAGAUUUUUCGUUGAGCAAGACAUUCAACUUCUUCGAAAAUCAUCUCUGCUUGAGCAGAGGAUUGAUAAAUGAUUUCUAAAUUUCUUAGAGCUCAUUAGCAUCUAUCUUUGUUUAUUUCACUCAAUUCUAAGAAAAGAGAGAAGUAUGA